AAGCCCGGAGGACACUGGCGUCCAGAGCACUGUUAUCCUCGGCACAAGGUCGCUCUCAUCAUCCCGUACCGAAACCGCGCGCAACAGCUUCGCAUCUUUCUGCACCACAUGCACCAGUUCCUUCGCCGGCAAGAGCUUGACUACAGGAUCUACAUCAUAGAGCAGGUGGCGCACACAAGCUUCAAUCGUGGGAAGCUGCUCAACGUCGGGUACGAUAUGGCGGAGCGGCUCCACGGGCACAGCUGUUUCGUACUUCAUGACGUUGACCUGCUUCCUGAAAAUGACCUGAAUCUCUACACAUGCGACCAGUUCCCGAAACACAUGUCGUCGUGCAUAGACAAGAUGAAAUACAGGCUGCCGUACGAAACGAUAUUUGGCGGAGUUUCCGCAAUGCGAGCGGCGCACUUCAAACAUAUCAACGGAUUUUCCAAUAUAUUCUGGGGCUGGGGAGGCGAAGACGACGAUGUUUCCACCAGGAUACGCUUCAGCGGAUUGCCCAUAAUUCACGCGAACUGUAGCGUUGCACGGUACACCUCUCUAAACCACAAGCAGGAGCAACCGAAUGCGAAGCGAUUCAAGCUUAUACGUCGAACUAUGUUUCGUAUUAAGAAAGAUGGACUCAACACUCUAAGUUACCGAGUCGUGGACUUUGUUUUAACGAGGCUGUACACUCACGUGACUGUGGACUUGCUUCAGCGGAAAUGA